AGUUUUGGUAUAUUUUUGAACCAACAACAACAACAGCAGCAACAGCAGCGUUCCCAGCUGUCAAUUCCACAACCUCCACAACUACAUAUCUAUUAAUUUAUCAAGGAUUUUGUAGAUAAAAGAGAACAUAUUAUAUAUUUUUUUGUUUUCCAGAUACAUAUUACACAUAAUUUUAUACAUAUCUCGCUUAUGUUUAUAAACUGGAAAGAGGUUUGGACUCAGGGUGACUCAGGGGCUUAUAUAAGUGUUGUAGGUGUUGUACAAUAUAAUACAUUAUUAUUACAUGUGUAUCAAAAAUUGUUAAUUUCGAUAAUUUCGAUAAUUCAAGAGGCUCUCAAUGAUAAUGUCACGGCGACAGAAUGUCGAUAAUGUCGAUAUAAGUACAAUAUCAUAUAUGUAGAAGGCAGCCUGCCAGUAGCAGCAGCAGCAGCAGCAACAGUGAGCCAGCUGACGAAUUCAUUUUAUGGUUUUAAUGGCAAACACGCUACAGUACGCUAAAUUUUUACCAAAUCUUUGAGUAGCUUUCAAAUAUUUUUUAAUUAAAAAUUGUACUAUAAACUUAUACGCUUUUAUAUAUGUCUAUCUUGCUAUCUUUCAUCACAAUGUCCAUCAUCAAGAUCAAUUAUGCCUAAAUAGUGAUAACUAAAUUGCUGAAAACAUUUAGAUUGUUAUUGUUUUAAUGUUAAUGGUAGUCAAAUUAACUAAAUAAUGAAUGAACAAAAUUGUUCAUCGGGAUUACAAAUCCAGAUGGCCAUCCCGUUACAUCUCCAGAGACUGGAACGAAGUUUGAAUGUACAACCAUUUUUAUCUCAAGUCAAUCAUCUUUUCCAAAAUAAUUUACGCGAUGAGAAUUAUAACGACGACAAUGAUGAUGAUGAUGAGGAUAAUUAUGAUGACGAUAAUGAGGAUGACAAAUCUGUAUCUUCAGAUUCUUCAGAUGGAUCUGAUAACUAUGCGAAUAAUACAUUGAACCACAAAGAAGAAGAAAGAAUGAACAAAUUAAGACUGUAUAAUAUGUCGAAAAUUGGUGACGAAAGAAGAUGGCUUCAAGAUAUUUUAUUGUCAGAAUCAGAUACUGAAAGUUUAUCAGUUUCAGAAUCGUCAGAUACAGAUGGACCAAUAACAGAACAAGACUUUCAAGAUAUGUUAAAAUUUCAUAUACUUAGAAAAAAAUAUCAAGGACGAUUUUAUCAAAAACCUGAAAAUAUACAAUAUCAAUAUUAUGGUGCUGGUUUAUUAUCAAGUUGUGAUAGAUUUCCAGAGCAUCAAAUGCUCAUUGUCGCAAUAACAAUGAUGACAACAACAACAACAACAACAACAACAGCAACAGCAACAACAAUAGCAACAAAUAUUUGUAAUGAACAUGAUUAUCCAGAUAAUAAUGAUUGGGGAUUAAUAAAUAAUAAUAUUACUAAUAAUAUGACAUUAUUAUCUGGAACAUCUGAAACAUUAUCAACAACAACAACAACAACAGAUGCGGUAACGACAAUGUCAACAUCAUCAAUUAAAAAUAAAAAACAAGAUCAUGAACUUGAUGAAGCUGAAUUACAAGUAAUAAUACGUCAUCAACAACGUUCACGUAAUCGUAAAAAGCAUAAUAAUAAAAGUCCUGAAAUGAUGGCUAUUAGAAGACGAAAAAUUUGGAUAAUGAUGUCUAAAAAAGAAUUGGGUAAAAUUCAAAGAGCAAAAAUAAAUAAUCAUAAAGAAAUGUUGAUAAAUUGUAAAAAAUUAUCACAAAAUUGUAUUAAAUAUUGGCGACAAAAAGCCAUGCAAUCACAAAAAAAUAUGAAAGAAACAUUGUGGCGAGCAAAACGAUUAACUAGAGAAAUGCAAUCAUAUUGGAAACGUUAUGAUAGAGUUGAAAGAGAAACUAGAAGGCGAUUAGAAAAAGAAGCUGAAGAACAACGUAAAAUGGAUGUUGAGUUAAUAGAGGCUAAACGUCAACAAAGAAAAUUAAAUUUUUUAAUAACACAAACAGAAUUAUAUGCUCAUUUUAUGUCGAAAAAAUUUGGUAAAGUAUCACCAGAAGAACAAUUACGUAUAUUAAAUCAAUUAGAUGAAGAAAAAAAUCCACGAUUAAUUGGCAUUGAUGAUUAUGAUAGUGAAUUAAUAAAACAAAAAGCAAAAAAAAAUGCAACUGAAGCUUUUAAUUAUGAAAGAGCACGUACUAAACAAUUUGAUGAUGCUGCUGCUAAUAUUAAUAGUAAUAAUACUAAUAAUACUAAUAAUACAUUAUCGUCUUUAUCAUCAAUUGUUGAUAAAGAAUUAAGAUUAAGUGAAACACCUGAAAAUCUUGAACAUCCUCAACCAUUAAUAUUUAAAGGUAAUCUUAAGGGUUAUCAAUUAAAAGGUAUGAAUUGGCUUGCUAAUCUUUAUGAUCAAGGUAUAAGUGGUAUAUUAGCUGAUGAAAUGGGCCUUGGUAAAACAGUUCAAUCAAUAGCAUUUUUGUGUCAUGUUGCUGAACGUUAUUCGGUAUGGGGUCCAUUUCUUAUAAUAUCACCAGCAUCAACAUUACAUAAUUGGCAACAAGAAAUGGCUAGAUUUGUUCCUAAUUUUAAAGUUGUACCGUAUUGGGGUAACCCACAGGAACGUAAAAUAUUAAGACAAUUUUGGGAUACUAAAGAUUUACAUACUAAAGAUGCAUCAUUUCAUGUUGUAAUAACAAGUUAUCAACUUGUUAUCACAGAUUAUAAAUAUUUUAACAGAAUAAAAUGGCAAUAUAUGAUUUUAGAUGAAGCACAAGCUAUUAAAAGUACAAGUAGUAUGAGAUGGAAACUUCUUUUAGGAUUUAGUUGUCGAAAUAGAUUAUUACUUAGUGGUACACCAAUACAAAAUAGUAUGGCUGAACUUUGGGCUCUUCUUCACUUUAUAAUGCCAACUUUAUUUGAUUCACAUGAUGAAUUUAAUGAAUGGUUUUCAAAAGAUAUUGAAAAUCAUGCUGAAAAUAAAACAGGAAUUGAUGAAAAACAUUUAUCUAGAUUACAUAUGAUUUUAAAGCCAUUUAUGUUGAGAAGAAUUAAAAAGGAUGUUGAAAAUGAAUUAUCUGAUAAAAUUGAAAUAAUGGUUUAUUGUCCAUUAACAACACGACAAAAAUUACUUUAUUCUGCAUUGAAACAAAAAAUACGCAUUGAAGAUUUGUUACAUUACACUGUUGGUUCUAAUUCUGCUAAUUCAGGAAAUAGUGUUAAUAAUAAUAAUAAUAAUAAUAAUAAUAAUAACAACACUAGUGAUGCUAGUGCUGGUGCUGGUGCCAAUACUAUUAGUAAUAAUAAUAGUAAUAAUAAUAAUAAUAAUAAUAAUAAUAAUAAUAAUAAUAAUAAUAAUAAUAAUAAUAAUAAUAAUGUUAAUAGUAAUGCCAGUGCCACAAAUGGCGAUAAUCCACAGUUGUCGUUACACCUACAAAAUGAUAAAAAUUUUACGUCAAAUCUUAUGAAUCUAGUCAUGCAAUUUCGUAAAGUUUGCAAUCAUCCAGAACUUUUUGAACGUAGAGAUGCUAAAUCACCUUUUUUUAUAAAAUCUAAUGAUUAUCAAAUACCAAAAUUAAUAUAUCACAACUUACAGGAGCUAUCUAAUUCAAUAUCAUCAAAAAAUCAUUUAUUUAAUAAUAAAUUAAACAUUUUUAAUACUGAUUACAUAAAUAAAUCUAUAUAUCAUAAUAAUGAUAAUUUUUUGUCAUUUUCACGAUUUAUAAAUCUUUCACCUAUUGAAAUAUAUAGAAUAUUUAUAUUUGGUAUUCUAUAUAGACUUUAUCAUGGAACAUUGAUUGAAUAUGAUUUAAAAAAAAAAAAAUAUUGGCAAGAUUUGUGGAUAGAUGAUAGUCAUAAUAAUUUAAAACAAUCUAAAAAUAUUAUGUUGAUUAUUAUAACAACACCAUUAUUAUUAUUAUUAUCAACUCAUGAUUAUGAUAAUAAUAACAACAGUAAUAUUAAAAAUAAUAUUAAAACCGAUAUUGUUUUUACAAAAAAAAUAUUACAAGGCGAAGCUUUUUAUACUCAUACUACUCAUUCAAUCCAUUCAAUUCCUGAAACAAUGGCUCAUCGGAUACUAAGAAGCACCAAACACAUUUCUAAUAGUUCAAUUAAAUUAAAUUCAAUCCGUUCAACUCAAAAUGUUAUAAAAUCACAAGGGCUAUCUGAAGAAUCAAAGUUUAUACUUUUACCAGAACAUCGACAUAUUCAACGGCCAACUAUAAAUAGAAAAUAUCAAUCCACAAAUAUUCCACGUUUUUUGUGUGAUACAAAUUUAAAAGUUAAAGCUAGUCCGAAAAAAUUAUAUGUCAGCAGUAGUUCUGCUGCUUAUGCUUGGAAUAGACAUGAGACUUUUGGGGGACUCUUUGGACAAAAUGUUAUUCGUAAUGGUUUUGAAAAAGCCAUUAAAUUUCACAAUAUUGAUGUUGAUACCUUUCAGACAACAUUUAUAUCUCAAAAAAAUAUACAUGAUUCACAAGAAUCAAUAAUAUACUUUUCUCAUCAACAAUUGGGAGGUUUAUCUGCAUGUACACCUAUCACUGGAUGGUCUAAUAUCAUCGUUCCAGACAAACAAACAUUGGUAACAGAUGCAGGUAAACUUACAGUUCUGGAUAAUCUUUUACGUCGGUUAAAAGAACAGGGUCAUCGAGUACUUAUUUAUUCUCAAAUGACUAAAAUGAUUGAUCUACUUGAAGAAUAUAUGUAUCACCGUAAACAUACAUUUAUGCGAUUGGAUGGAUCUUCAAAAAUAUCAGAUCGUCGUGAUAUGGUUGCAGAUUUUCAAAAAAGGGCUGAUAUAUUUGUUUUUCUAUUGAGUACAAGGGCAGGUGGUUUAGGAAUAAAUUUAACAGCCGCAGACACAGUAAUUUUUUAUGACAGCGAUUGGAAUCCAACCGUUGAUCAACAAGCUAUGGACAGAGCUCAUCGAUUAGGUCAAACAAAACAAGUUACUGUGUAUCGGCUUAUUUGUAAGGGAACUAUCGAAGAACGAAUACUACAGAGAGCUCGAGAAAAAAGCGAGAUUCAACGUAUGGUAAUAAGUGGUGGCAAUUUUAAACCAGACACUCUUAAACCAAAAGAAGUUGUAUCUUUAUUGUUGGACGAUGAAGAGAUUGAAGCUAAAUACAGUCAACGGAGCGAAGAGAGAAAAGAGUACACAGAGGAUUCUCGAAUUGAUCAAAGUAUACAUCAUAAGGAGAGAGACCGGAAGAGGAAGUUAACCGCGCUUCCGUUCAAGGAUGCCAAAAAAGCCUGUUUUGAGAGUAAUUCUAUUGAAAAAGUGAAUACUUUAAGCACGGCAGAUGCUAGCAAUAAGCUACCCAAUUCUUCUAUUACUACUACUACUACUGCUAUUACUCUUGCAACAAUAACAACCACAACAACAACAAUAGCAGCAGCAGCAGCAACAACAACACCAACAACAACAACAACCAGUGCUACCAAUACUAAUAAUAAUACUUGUACUACUGUUCCUAUUAUAACUACUACUACUACUACUACUACUACGACUACUAGUACUACUACUGCUGUCACUAUUCACACGACAUCGACAACAGCAAAAACAAAUGAUUUGUCGCAGUCAUCGGACACUAUUGAAGAUUACACUACUGUCAGUCCAGUUAAAUCGGAGGAUGAAACAAGCAAUGAAGAUCUUGUAGUUGAUGUUGACAAUAAUUCAACACCGGGAUCCGGUAAAAAUAGUUAUUCACCUCAAAAAGUUUCUCGAUUUAGUCAUCAUUUGAGUUACGGUAUAGCUUCAAGUGGAAUAAGAAUUCGCCCGUCAUCAAUGAGAGGUACCAGCAAACGUGGUAGGCCUCGAGGUUCUCGACGUGGUGGAUCUAUUGGUGGCAAAGGUAGAGGAUUUAUACUUCAUCCACCAGUUAAGACAUCAAAUGCUGUUGGAAUUUCACAAUCUUCAUUAUCUUUACCCCAAUCAUCAUCUGGAGAUCAGACUAUUGCUCAACAAGGAAUUUAUGGAAAUAGUGAGGGUGAUAGUUCACUAAUAAUAAGUGGAAAUUCACUGGGAUCAGAAGUAGCCGUAAACCAAACAUUAACUGGACGUGGUUCAUUAUCAAUCCGUAGAGGACCUGGACGACCGCGAUUACGGCCUGCUGGACCUGGUAAUCAAGGACACAGAAUACCUGGACAUCAUCACAGCAAAAAAAUUCAACGUCCAUUACCUGUACCUUUAAGUCAUAAUCAAUUAUCAAGUGUACAAAAUAAAUCAUCAAAAAAUUUAAUUACAUCUUCAUUGACAUCAUCAUCAUCAUCGUCAUCAUCACCAUCACCAUCAUUAUUAGCAGCAGCAACCUUAGCAUCAGUUUCAAAAUCGACAUCAACGUCAACAAUAACAUCAGCAUCGACAUCUUUAAAGAUGACUUGCACAUCAGAAUCACGACCUUUUGGAUUUUACACUCAACAAAAGUCGGUAAAUAAAGAUCACCAAACGUAAUAAUUCAUAAAUAAACAGCAAUACGUGCAUAUAUUACGUGUAUAAAAUUAAUUAAAGAUGUAUUAAAUAGGAAUUUAUAUUAAAACUAAUAUAGUGAUAGUUUUGUAAUUCAGUUGAUCAAAGAAAUUUAUUAUUAUUUCUACAGGUUAUUGUUAUUUACAUAUUAUAAUUAUGAUUGCUAAUUUGGGUUCGAUAAAAAUAAUAUUCAAAAAAGUAAUUAUGAAUAAAAAUUUAGUUUUUUCUUUAAAUAAAAAUUAUUUUUUAUGUUUUAUUUUUAAAUAAAAAAAUUUAUAUAUUUAUUUUAUUAUAUCUAUGCAAUACUUAUUUGUAAAUAGGUUACAUAUAAAUAUACGAAAAAUCGAUUAUUUAUUUAACUAAUGAUAUUUUAUUUUUCGAGAGGCAUAAACGCAAAAGCUCCGACCUCAUUAUAUUU